AUGCUAUCCGACACCCGGAUAUUGAAGGCGGGCAUGGUUUAUGUGCGCAUGCUUGGCACAGGCGAGGUUGUCAAGCCCCUGCCACACGUGCUCGUGGACGGUGGCUGCUGGGAGCCGUACAUUGCCACCCUCGUGAGGUGCAUGGACUGUGUGAGCCUGCUGCUAUUUGACAUUGAGGGAGCCAGCGUGGUUGAGGUCGCAGAUAUCGAGAUCGACAAGCUCCAGUCUACAGACAUCAUGGUCACCGAUCAGUCUCUGUUUGAUAACUCAUAUGGCUUCCACAUUAGACUCCGCCCCACCGCGCCUGCAUUUGAGGAGCUGAUGUGCAGGUACCAUACAGGGAGCGAGUCUGGCAGUCUGUGUAUGUCUACGAGCGAAUCACACACGUCGUCGAUGAGCCGGGAUAGCAGUGGCGGGUUGGUCGACGCAGGGAUUGGCGAUGCGCAGCAGAGUGACGAAAACGAUUCGAGUCCAGAGACGCUGACGUAUGAGCCACUGUGCUUCAAGACGUAUCCGGCAGCCCUGUACCUGACGACAAGACGUGCCUUUGAGCGCAAUGAGUGGGUGGCGUGCCUGCGCGCUCACUGCCACCCGACAAUCAGCGGACCAGUGCCGCUGCCACUCACCAGCACAUGCUGUGCCCCGCUGAUGUUCCGCGUCGACCGCUCGAUCUGGCUGAAAAUCAACCGCACCAGCAGAUUCUCAAAGACAUGCGACACGCAUGCAGUCAUUACCCUGGACGGAAUCCCCAUGGCACAGACCAGUGUAGUGUUCAGCACGAGCGAGCCAAAGUGGGACACCAUGUACUACUUUGGAUGCCUUCCUAGGUCGCAGUCGCUGCAUGUGUUUGUGUGCCACAAGGAGCAGGAUGGGCUGACGGGCGGGCUGCUUGGAUACUGCCGUGUGCCUGUCAAUGCAAUGCAGCGCAAGCAGCUGUACGAUGGGUGGUAUCCGCUCGUAUACGGCGAUGUGACGGACGCCGAUGAGGCAGUGGGGAUGUACUUGCCAUUGGAAGUCAAUGUAAGGCCAGAGGCAGAGCGACACACCAGGCACGUCGAGCGGCCGCCCAGCUACAACAAACCGUCGGUCAGCCGGCGGAGCAGCGCGCGCAGCAGCGACAGCGAACCGGCACCAGCGCGGAGAUACCAAAGCGACGAUGUGCUGAGCAUGUGCCAGCUACCGUCCAUGCCGUUUCGGUCCGCUGAUCUCCAUAUCCAGGCCCGCUGCGACGACCUGAUUGUGCUGACCAAGCCGUUCUACCGCGACACAAUAGUGGUGCUGCUUGAUACUCAGCCGACACUGAUCUUCGACCUUGUUGCCAUCCUGCCGCAGUCUGCCGAUUGGCUGGUCGAGACAAUAACAAAGCUGGCUAUUUCCAGCGGCAAGACGUGCUCGUGGAUCUCGGCAGUCAUUGCCCAUGAAAUUGCCACCCAGACAGUGCCUGACCCGACCCUGCUGUUCCGCAGCACAUCGGUUGCAACACGCACGCUGGACACGCUGAUGAAGACCGUCGGUCUGCAGUUCGUCGACCUGGCGAUCGGCGAUGUCGUGCGCAACAUUGUAUAUUCUGAUCACUACUGCGAGGUAGACCCGAGCCGACUCGAGCCCAACGAAGUAGUCGCGGAGCAUUGGAGCGUGUUGGUCGCGCUCCUGCGCAUAAUGUGGAGCGGUAUCGAAGACAACAUGGAGGCGUGCCCGCGCGUCUUGUGCCGAAUCUUUGCGCAUGUACGGCAGGCCGCUAUGCACCACCUCGACAAUGUCGAGUACUCGUGCAUCAGUGGGUUCGUGUUUCUACGCCUAAUCUGCCCGGCGAUUGUUUCGCCCAAAUCCUUCGGCAUUGUCGAGCGCAUGCCAGGUGCCAGUGCCUGCAGGACGCUGUUGCUGAUGGCCAAGGGCAUGCAGUGCGCCGCCAAUUUGACAGAUUUCACCAUGAAGGAGCCAUAUAUGCAGCCGAUGAGCGCCUUUGUUGACGAAUGCAAGCCCGGGCUGAAGCGGUUUAUUGACUUUAUUGCUAGUGCUCCACAGGACGACCCGCUGAAGGACGACUUUUACGGCGCGUCGAUGGUGGUCGACAUGGAGAGAGAGGCGGCAGCCCUAUGUGCGUGUCUUAAUGCUGCACGGAAAGACAUUGAGCAAGUGGCUGUUGAGAGCGAGCACCCGGAGUAUGAUAGCAACGGAUGCUCGCCAGUAUCUCGACAAUCCGGCAUCUACCUACGUAGCCUCCUUCAUGCAUGUAGUGUGGUCCAGGACUGCGUCGAGAUGUGCACGGGCAGCAUGCAGGCUGCAGACCCCCAGCAGCAGCCAACAAGUCCACUGUCGCUGCGCAAAGGGAGGCACAGCUAA